AUGUUUAGCGAAAGUGAUAAUCAAAUAAAUAUUCAGACUUUACUCAGCCGAGGUACAGAAAUGCCAAAUUUAUUGGAUCCCUCUGAUACUGAUAAUAAUACAUUAAAUUUACAUAUAGCUGGAUUUAUGAUUAUAUAUAUAUAUUUGUUAAUAUUACUUAGUGCUUUGGUUACCCCUGCAGUAGGCCAUGCAAUAUCAAAUAAGGAUUUUCGAAAUUCAUCUACUAAGGCACUGGACAAUGAUAAUGAUGAAAUAAAAGAAACAGAAGCCGAUUCAUUUCAAGAUAUUGAAUGUGACUAA